CUGUCGUGUCCGGCUUGUUGCUCAAACAGAGAGGGGGGAAGUCUUUCACAGUCAUAUUACGGUUGAUGUUCUGAGCUGUUGCUGUCGUUUUUCUAACCUCUAUGUUAAGCACCGCCGAGGUGAAUGAGAAACACUCGUCGGGGGUUCUUAGCAGCGCAAAAAGCUCUCAGUGAUGUCCAGAUCUUAGACACAGACUAACCUUCCCUCCCGUCAUGGACUCCAAGAAGCCGGGCAUGCUGCGGCAUCUCCGCCAGAAGAUGCUGCCACACCUCCGGCGAGGCAAGAUGAACAAGUCGGUCGUCCAGCUCGAACACACCAUGGAUCAUCGGAUGAGCUCCUCCGUUCCCGACAUGAGGGACAUGAGGCAGGAGUACGCUCAUGUCUCCACCAGCACGCAGCUCCAACAGUACAACUCUCCCUGCCACAGCAACCCCUCCACACCGCUUCUAAAGCCUGCCAGAGGCCAGAGAGGAGGUGGGAGUGGCCUGAAGAUGGGUGUAGUUGGUGGAGGAGCUGGAAGGAGUGAACAUGCACUAAGUGUGCCUUCAGACUGCACAGACUGGGCUUCCUCCCAGGAGUCAUUCAACAAUCUCUGUGAAGAGGAGAAUAGCUCUCCAGAGACAAACUACAGACCUGCCAGGGGCAUGGAACCUGAGGAGCUGGCCCUGCCGGAAAUGAUGACAGUCUACAGCCCAGACCUGCCCUCUGUGGAGGUUUCCCAGGACAGCUCACAGUAUGAUAAUCAUGAUUUCAGCAGUCAUGUGUUAAAAGACGAGGACAACCAAAAUUGUGACAUGGACAAGGAGACCCUGAGUGUGUCGGAGAACAUCGGCGAUCCUGCCAGGUCCUUCCUGCUCACCAUCAACCUGAAAGAAGGACGCAACCUGGUCAUCAGGGACCGCUGUGGUACCAGCGACCCUUAUGUGAAAUUCAAAUUGGACGGGAAAACGUUCUACAAAAGCAAAGUGGUUUAUAAAGACCUCAACCCCACAUGGAAUGAAACCUUCUCCCUACCUGUGAAGGAUCUCAACCAGAAACUGUACAUCAAGGUAUACGACCGUGAUCUGACCACUGAUGACUUCAUGGGCUCUGCCAGUGUCACCCUCAGUGAUCUGGAGAUUGACAAGGUCAACGAGCUGUCUCUGACCUUGGACGACCCCAACAGCCUGGAGGAGGACAUGGGGGUUGUGCUGGUGGACAUGAGUCUGUCAUUCAGAGAUGGAGACAGCAAAAGAGGCCAUCGGUGGCCCCAAAAACGAAAACGAAGUAUAAGGUCGGGAGGCUCUUCUCAGUGCUUACGUCUGUCAGAGACACUGAGGAAGAGUCAGCUGUGGACUUCUGUUGUGUCAGUGACUCUGGUGAAGGGCCAGGAGCUGCCUCUGGACACUCAGGGAGGUCUGCUCUUUGUUCGCUUUAAACUGGGAGAGCAGAGAUACAAAAGCAAGAAUCACUGCAAAGUGUCCAACCCUCAGUGGAGAGAGAGGUUCACUUUUAACCAGUUCUUGGACGGUCCAUACAUCCUGGAGGUGGAGCUCUGGUCCAAAGGAGGACGAAGGACUGAGGAGUGUUUGGGAACGUGUGACGUUGACCUGUCCAGGGUCCCUUUCAAUCAGAGGAAGCUGUACACAAACACCCUGGACCAGGGGAGAGGAAGCUUGGUCUUCCUGCUUACACUGAACACAUGCAGCGGCGUCUCCAUCUCUGACCUCUGUGCCGCACCGCUUGACGAACCUCAUGAACAACAGAACCAGCUGGACAACUAUAGUUUGAAAAGGUCCCUGAAAAACCUCCGUGAUGUUGGUUUCCUUCAAGUCAAAGUUAUCAAGGCUGCAGAGCUGAUGGCUGCUGAUUUAAAUGGCAAGAGCGAUCCCUUCUGUGUGUUGGAACUGGGGAACAACAGACUGCAGACCCACACAGUCUACAAGAGCCUCUACCCAGAGUGGAAUAAAGUCUUCACAUUCCCUGUCCAAGACAUUCAUGAUGUUCUAGUGGUGACUAUCUUUGAUGAGGAUGGAGACAAGGCGCCAGACUUCCUGGGAAAAGUUGCCAUUCCCCUGCUCUCGAUCCGCAGGGGACAACAGAUCACCUUCCCGCUGAAGAAAGAGGACUUAGGUGGGCUGUCGAAGGGGAGCAUCACUCUGGAGCUGGAGGUUAUUUUUAACCCUAUCAGAGCAGGUAUAAGAACCUUCCAACCAAGGGAGAGAAGAUUCAUGGAGGAUAAUCCCAAAUUUUCCAAAAAGGUUCUGGCCAGGAAUGUGCUGCGUGUUCAGACACUGUACAGGGCUAUCAUGUCGACUCUGCAGUACAUCAAAAGCUGCUUCCAGUGGGAGAGCGUUCAGAGGAGCCUGCUAGCCUUCCUGGUGUUUGUGGUGACAGUGUGGUACUGGGAGUUUUACAUGCUGCCCUUCUUCCUGGUCCUGCUCAUCUCGUGGAACUACCUCCAGAUCCGCUCCGGUCGGGUCAGUCAGGACCUGGACAAUAUGGAUUUGGGGGAUGAGGAUGAGGAUGAUGAGAAGGAGUCGGAGAGAAGAGGGCUGAUAGAGAAAAUCCACAUGGUCCAAGAAACCAUCAUAACCCUUCAAAACCUGCUGGAUGAGAUCGCCUGUUUUGGGGAGAGGAUUAAAAACACUUUCAACUGGUCGGUGCCGUUCCUGUCGAGCCUGGCUUUCCUGAUCUUUGUCAUCGCAACAAUCCUUACAUACUACAUUCCUGUACGCUACAUAGUUUUAAUAUGGGGUAUCAAUAAAUUCACCAAGAAAUUACGGAACCCGUACAGCAUUGACAACAAUGAAGUGCUUGAUUUCCUGACGAGGGUGCCUUCAGAUGUGCAGAAGGUUCAGUACAGUGAGAUGAGAGGCAGCAGGAAGAAGAAAAUCUCGUAGAAUGUAGAAGGAGGACGGUAUGUACACGCGACCUGAUGCUGCUGUUUGUGAGCUUCCAAACUAAAAACUCUUUUCCAGAGGAUCUGCUGGAGGUCUGCAGAAUCUCACUUCUUGUCGGUUUUGGGUGUGUGGUAGGUUUGGAUCUUAAUUCACUGUGGUGAUACACAGCUCAGCACUGCUCAUAUCGACCAGCACCGAAAAACCUUUCAACCAAAGAAGUCUGCUGAGGACGCUGCAGAGAUUACCACAUUUUGUAACAGAUUUUACUAAUGUGUCUGUCUGUGCAUUACUGGAGCAGUUUGUAAUAGAAUUUCCAAAGAUUGUAGGUGUUUUAUUGUAUGUACAGUUUAUUCUUUAAGAUAACAAAGCUGCUUUAUUUUAUAUUCCUGGCCCCUGAAACCAGCUGAUAUAUCACUUUGUAUUAUACUUAAUGUAUAUGGUUGGUAUGUAAACAUUUUUACUCAAGUACAUUUCAUUAUGGACUGCUUUAAAAAGUACAAGUAUAUAAGGUAUAAGGCGUUUUCUUAGAAAAUAGUUGUAUAUUUAAGUACUAUGUUAUUGUGGUUUUAAAUAUUAAUGAUGAUUUCAGGCAACAAUUGCUUUUCCAAAUUCCUUGCCUCUCAUAUGUCCAUGUACAGCAACAUCAAAAGUUAGAAACAAAUAUUAUGCAUGAUAUUCUUUUGUUUCUUACAUUAACCUUUGAAAAUGGAUAAAGAGCUAUGUUCAUACAAUGUUGACUGACUAAUUUUACUUCAAUGUGACAAUAUCGACUUAUUUUUACAUGCAAAGAUAAGUGCCUACAUUUAGUUUCAGAUUUUCAUUCAUCCUACGUAGAGGAUGCACUUUACUGUAUGUUGUAUUUUACUCUUCAGAUCUGUACAGGCCUAAUUUUAUUUAUUAAUGACAAUCACCUUGUGUCUCUCAUUUCUAACAGCAAUAAAUGCACACAAUCACA